AUGGAGUAUGCAACAUUUUCUGUAACGGCGGUUGGAGUUAUCACUAACACUUUUCAUUUGACAGUUUUGUUUAACGAGUCGAUGCGAAAAUUCACAGUCAAUGUAUUUCUUAUUGGAAUCGCUAUAUCUGAUCUUUUACGGAUGAGCUGCAAGAUGAUUAUGACCGCUAACGAAUUCUAUCAGAAUUAUCAAAAAACUUGGGAACCUUGAUGGAAAGGAGUUGACAAUGAAUACCAAAUCUUUGGUGCACAUUUGGGAAUAUGGUUGGCAGUUGGAAUGUCGGUUAUAAGAGUUUUGGUGAUUAAAAAUCCACUAAGUGAAAGAAUAAGUUUACUUGUCCAAGCAAAGUAUGGACUCCGAAUAAUACUCGUCAUUGUCCUUUUAAUGUUUCCAUUUUGGAUUCUGGACUAUUUUAAAAAUACAGUUGUACCGGCAAAUGAAAUGUGGACACCGAGUUUGAAUUGCAGUGCUAUGUCUGUUGAUUUCUCUCACCAGAUUCAGUAUAUACUUCAAGAAACUCAUAUGUUUGGUAAUGAGAGAACUUAUGAAAUCAAUAUCUUUUUAGAGGGUCUCUUUUUCGAGUUUCUUCCAUCCAUUAUUUUACCUAUUGCAACUUUAAUUCUUGUUGUUGAAAUGAGAAGAGCAAAAAAAUCGGCAGAGCAUCUGAAACACGUGUCCAAUAAUCAGAGUAACUCAAAUCGAUCCACGAGUCUGGUAAUUUUUAUGACAAUUACAUUCAACUUCAAAUUUGUGGCUAUGGGAUUUCUAAUCAACUUCAAUUCUGCUAUACAUUGUUUCAUAUGCUGUUUUAUGUCAGCACAAUAUCGAAGUGCAUUGAAGCAAAUGUGUGGAAGAAACAAACAAAAACCAAGUGUGGUGACUGUGACAAGUAUCAAGUCACAUUGCUAA